CUCAGUGAUUUCGCGCUAUCGUUAGCUGCUGUGUUAUGUUGAGUCUCAGAUAUUUAAGUACGUUUUUUUUUUUAACCGGCCCUGUUAGCGCUGCGCUAGCGUUAGCGCUGUGCUAGGGUGUUGCUGUGGUAUUACUGCCGUACGUGUCUCAGGGAUUUUUACAAGUAUGUUUUUCUUUUAACCAGCCCCGUUAGCGCCGCACUAGCGUUAGCUACUGUGUUACUCCAGAGUCUCAGUGAUUUAGUUGUUUUUUUUUAACCGGGCCUGUUAGCGCUGCGCUAGAUUUACCGCUGUGCUAGCGUGUUGCUGUGGUAUUACUGCCGUACAGAGGCCAACCUUUGCAAGCGUCACCAAUCGUACGGCUGCGAAUCUGUUUCCUUGGCAACCGGGGCACCAAAUGCUCUCCAUCCCGCCUCUAGCGGACUGACUGACUGAUGCUGCUGCUGCUGCACCCCGUUGCUUACACUGUACGUGUGGACUGUGGAGAGGCCAUGGAGUUUCAUGCGACUUAAGUAUUGUAUGCCGUGGAAUGCGCCACGCGAGAGUUCGGCCACGCGGGAGGAGGACGCCUUUUGGGUGAGCGCUGCCAGAUGGAAGAUUUGAAAACGACAGCCCCUCGGAAUGCGUCGCUCUUUGCUCAUGGUUUGGGCAGCUUUACUCUUCAACUUCAGGCUGGUGGACGCCAAGGAGCACGACCCCCGGUCCUCGUCCAACAUGUCCCCGUCCGACUUUCUGGACUCGCUCAUGGGUCGAACGUCAGGCUACGACGCGCGAAUACGACCCAAUUUUAAAGGUCCGCCCGUUAACGUUACCUGCAACAUAUUUAUCAACAGCUUUGGUUCUAUAGCUGAAACCACCAUGGAUUACAGAGUGAAUAUCUUCCUGCGGCAGAAGUGGAAUGACCCCCGGCUGGCGUACAGCAAAUACCCGGACUCCUCCCUGGACCUGGACCCGUCCAUGCUGGACUCCAUUUGGAAGCCCGACCUCUUCUUCGCCAACGAGAAGGGCGCCAACUUCCACGACGUCACCACGGACAACAAGCUGCUGAGGAUCUUCAAGAACGGGAACGUGCUCUACAGUAUCAGGUUGACUCUCAUCCUGUCCUGCCCGAUGGAUCUGAAGAACUUCCCCAUGGAUGUCCAAACGUGUACAAUGCAAUUGGAGAGUUUCGGCUACACCAUGAACGACCUGAUCUUCGAGUGGCUGGAGAACGGCGCGGUGCAGGUGUCGGACGGUCUCACGCUGCCUCAGUUCAUCAUGAGGGAGGAGAAGGAGCUGGGCUACUGCACUAAGCACUACAACACGGGAAAGUUCACCUGCAUUGAGGUGAAAUUCCAUCUGGAGCGUCAGAUGGGCUACUACCUGAUCCAGAUGUACAUCCCCUCCCUCCUCAUCGUCAUCCUCUCGUGGGUCUCCUUUUGGAUCAACAUGGACGCCGCCCCGGCCCGAGUAGCACUGGGUAUCACCACCGUGCUCACCAUGACCACGCAGAGCUCCGGGUCCAGAGCUUCUCUUCCGAAGGUCUCCUACGUGAAAGCCAUUGAUAUCUGGAUGGCGGUGUGUCUGCUGUUUGUAUUUGCGGCGUUGCUGGAAUACGCCGGGGUUAAUUUCGUCUCCAGGCAACAGAAAGAGUUCCUCCGCUUGAGGCGAAGACAAAGGAAGAAUCACAAGGACGACGACGUGCGCGACGCACGCUUUAAUUUCGCUGGCUACAACAUGAACCCGUGUCUGCCAACGAAGGACGGCUCAGCUGUUAAAAACGAGGCUCCGGCCCCGAACCGUCGGCCGUCGCUCCCCAGAGACGGCGACAACAUGAAGAAGAAGUUUGUGGACCAAGCCAAGAGGAUAGACACGAUCUCCCGGGCCGCCUUCCCUCUGGCCUUCCUCAUCUUCAACGUCUUCUACUGGAUCACCUACAAGAUCAUCAGGCACGAAGACAUCGACAAAAAGUAGUGACUCGCAGCGGCGUGCAGAUCGUUUCUCAGACCGAGAUGAGAUGAGGAGAAGUGCCAAGCGACGUUCUUUCGGGGAUAAUGUCCGAUGUUCCUGAAUCUUUGAAGAAUCUUCGAGUUGUAGGGUUGCAAAUACUGACUGAGGAAUCUGGGGGUAAAACGCGAGGUUUAGUAGCAUUCUGGUUAUGGUGGACCAAAUCUUUUCUAACCCUCUUUGGCCUUGAGGACUGAUACGCUUUAUAAUCGUACCGUAGCUUACAGUAGGUGGAGCUUCUGAGACUUGCCCAGUUUGCCAUGGGAAGAACUUCUUAAUGAAGGAGUUUGUUUUAUAUUGUACACUAUCGAGGCACUUCCUUUCAAGAUCAUAUGAAGCGAGAACAUUGUAAUAUAUAAACACUUGAAAUCAUCUAAUAUUGGUGAUGUGCAUCUCAAAAAUAACAAGAAUCUCCUGACUCAAAGGGGUCUAACUGGACAAAAAAAUGUUUUCAGACACUUCCCCACCGAGCAGUACUGUUCAGGUCAUCAUGGUCCAAUACGGUCUACCCUGGUUCGUUUUGUGGUUACACAUUAGGAUGUUAGGGUUGGCUACGUAAAUCAUGUUGACAUCCAACCAGAAAGAAGAGAAACACAACAAAGUACGCGGUGCGUAAAUGUAUCGUUCCCCUACCCAUGGCUCGCCAAUUGCCUUUCGAGUAGUGGCGCAAAAUAGACACCUGGCAAAAUUGUUUUUCUGCCGCCGGCGGAACCGCUUGAGUCCAGUUCCCCCCAGUGCUAGACUGCUAGACGAACACCUGGUCUUAGAGUUCCGUGUUUUCAUCUGUGGUGAUAGUAGCGAGGCUUCCGCUGCGUGGUUUGGCCAGAACAUAGAUAACAUAUUGCACUAUGUACUGGAUCUGCGUGACGGCUACAAAGCUAAAAGGGACCUUUCCGACUGGCGAUCUUAAGCUCUCUUCCGCGAGCCUUCAUCCAUUGCAGACACUUCGUCAACUGUGUUUUAGGCUUUGGAAAAUGAAUCAAGCGGGCCCCUUGUCACCGAGCAGGAUAUCUUUCAUCAGAAUUGCACAUUCCCCAAGCGCAUCUGACGAGCAUUUUCUUUGUAACAUUAACUUUUCCAAGCGCACACUACUGACAACCAACAUUGCUUGUGGGACAAUACGCCGAGAGGGGCGGGUCAAGCCAGGGGUUAAGACAAUGCGGCUAUCUGAUUAGCUAUUAUUGUACGAGUGAUUGACAGGUCGGAAAGGUCCAAAAAGUUAUUCCAGGAAACGAUUUUUGUCACUUGGUGAGACAAGGGAAGCUUACAAAAACUGCAAAGCCUAAGCUGUCAGACGCUGAUGCCGUCCAGCUGUCCAUAUAACAAAAACAAAUUUUGAAAAAAGGAAGUGUACGGUGACAUUUGGAACAUUUGGUAUAGAAUAAAUUUUUCACAUUUUUUUUUUUUAUGGUGCCCCUGACAGUGCGAGUAAAAUACUUCCGGUAUUCACUGAUCACCAAGCGAGCACACAAUUUCUUUUUUGAUUACUGUGUUGGCGGCAACGAUGUACAGUGUAUUUUUUUAAGUUUGGCUCGCGGGGAGGACAAACAUUUCUAUUUUAAAUCUUGAACUGAAAACGUGACGAUAAUCCUGACAAAACCCUUUUACAGUUUCAAAGGCAUUGAACGUUUUGAGUGUGUCAUACUCCAAGUGAAUAUAUCUUUUUUUGUAGCCUUUAGCCUACUGGACUAUAAGUGAUGGAAGGCUUGCGUGAAUAGAAAAAUGAACGACCUUUCUGUAUACUUCCCUUUCAUCGGGUGUUGGAUGGAGACACGCGGUACCGCGCUGGACUGCAGACAGCGGCGGCAGUGGGCGGAAGGACGAUGCUGAAACUGCCUAACAGUCUGCAGAACCUCAAAUUGACAUGAGGAACUUUUGCUUGUUAUUUUUUCUGUCGAAUGCUACUAUUGAAAAUGUUUUAUUUAUCAGCCUGAACAUCAAUAAACAUGACU